UGCCGCAUCUACUGACAGGGAAGUCCAAAAUAUGGGUAAAAACUUAAGAAAACCCCAUUUUCUGCUAUUUCCAUUCUUCUGGUUGUUCAGUGAUAGUGAAGAAAAUCUGAAUCAUCUACAGUAAAAAUGUUGUCCUUUGAAAUGAAUGACAGGAAAAAGAUUGGGAUAGGCUUGACAGGAUUUGGAAUUUUUUUUUCAUUUUUGGGAAUUAUCUUCUUCUUUGACAAGGGAUUCCUUGCAAUGGGAAAUAUCCUGUUCCUCUCAGGGCUGAGUUUAACCAUUGGUCUGAAGUCCACCAUGCAAUUUUUUAUCAAACGCCAAAAUUUCAAGGGAACCAUUUCAUUUGGUUCUGGCUUCUUUUUAAUUGUCAUAGGCUGGCCAAUUAUAGGUAUGAUGUUGGAAGCAUAUGGCUUCAUAAUACUUUUCAGUGGUUUCUGGCCAACCUUGUCUGUCUUUUUGCAAAAGAUACCUGUUCUUGGCUGGGUUUUCCAACUACCAUUUUUCAGAUCACUCUUUGAUCGGCAACGGGGCAGACGGGUGCCUGUAUAACUCUGGAGUCUAAGAAAAGGUAGAAAAUGGAGGCAAUGUUUUAACAAGUAAACAAGAGAAGAAACGGAAAUUGAUACAUGUUGUGGGUCAUGCUAUAGAAGAUAAAAAAGAAGAAGAAUAUGAUUUGCCCUAGUUAUCUGAUUCUAUAUGGUUGUAAUUGUGUUAACUCGUAGUUAGAAAAUGGGUGUUGCCCUCUUAAAGAGGUGGAUUAGCCUUCAGCCUAUUCUUUCAAAGUGGAUUGUGUACUAAUAUUUGCUUACGGGUUGUCAACGUGUGAAUUGUAUACAUAGAUAUCAAUAGACUAGAAAUGCUAAUCUGUAAUUACAAUUUCCCACCAAAAAUGCUAGACUGUAGUUGCAAUUUAAAAAAAACAUUUAUGUUUCUACAAUUGGAGAUAAUAUAUAUGAGUAAAGGGUCAAUCUGGCAACUCAA